AUGUCGGAAAUCAAAGUUGUUGAACCUGCAAACAUCCCUACUGUCGACUUCAAGUUGCUUUCUAGUGGCGAUGCCGAAAAUCACAGACUCGCUCUCAAACAGUUGGAUGAUGCAUUUCAGACAUACGGUUUCAUUUACCUGUCUAACCAUAGCAUUGGUCAGGAUAUGGUUGACGAGGCACUCUCUUGGUCCAGGCGUUUUUUCAACCUCCCAACGGAGUUGAAACAAUUGAUUUCGCACCCUGGAAGCGCAACUGAUCAUCGAGGCUGGGCGGCCGUCGGAACCGGUUUCGUGAGCCAAGGUGUCUGGGAUCACUCGGAGGUCGAUCAGAUGCGUGAGUCGGCCCCGCCAGAGCAAAAGGAGAUCCUUGAGAUGGGCAAUCCGCAUUCGAGCGAUGAUCCUCUGACCAACCCAUAUCCCAACCGCCUACUGCCAGAGGACCACUUCCCUGGAUUCCGAUCCUUCAUUGAGAAAUGGUGGGAUGCCUGCGUGAACCAAGAGCAGCAGUUGAUGCGCCAUCUCUGCGAGAUCUUGCAAAUCCCCGACCUGGACUAUCUAGCUAAGCAACAAUCGCCCACCGGUAACCGGAGCCAUAUGAGCUGGCUCUACUAUCUGUCGAUGCCGGCGUCACCAUUGAGACAGCGCCGGGCUAAUAGGCUCAAUACUCACACGGAUUUUGGUCAGUUGACCCUCCUAUUCCAAGAUAUGGUGGGUGGUCUUGAGAUCCACGACCACGAAGCAAAUAUAUUCCGGCCAGUUCUGCCCAAGCCCGGGACUAUGAUCGUCCAUAUCGGAGAUAUGCUGGAGAAACAAUCGAAUGGACGCUGGAAGAGUGCUCUGCAUCAUGUUACUGGACCGAGUCACUCAAUGUACGGACAGGAGCCCACCAGUGCGGACACCGUGGUAGACCGGUUUGCCAUUGCCUUCUAUGCCCAUCCGGAUUACGAAAUGAUGAUUGAGCCUCUUCCUGGGUGUGAAGAGAAAGGAAAAUGGAGAACUUUGGAAUGGCAAGACAGGAUGACCGCAGGAGAUUGGAUGAACAAGAGGGUUGCCUUGGAGUAUGAACGCCCGGAGUCAAUUGUGGCUGCCGCAUAG